AUGGAUGAAUUGAGCAAGAAUUUGGAAAAAUAUCAAUGGCGUUUGGAGAUGAGGAAAAAAACGUGGGAAAAUACGGUGAGAAUUGGAUUUGUUGAAGUGGGAGCUUUAAAACAUUUAUGGGCCUAUGCAGAAUAAUAUUUUGUAAUAAAAAAACAUAUUUUUCCAAUGCAGAAAAACGUCGAAAAAACAAAAUAUACAGUUUACUAUUUUUGAGUAGAGACAAUGUGAAAUUGAGAGAGUGCAGACAGACAAAUUGAUUUAUCGCACAAAAAAUACAAAAAACUGUCUGCACUCUCUCAAUUUCACAUUGUCUCUACUCAAAAAUAGUAAACUGUAUAUUUUGCUUUUUUGACGUUUUUCUGCUUAGGAAAAAUAUGUUUUUUUAUGUUUUUUUACUACAAAAUAUUAUUCUGCAUAGGCCCAUUACGCCUCUGCAUUUUUUUGCUUCUUUUGCAAUUUUGCGGCAUACUUUCUAAACCUUGGCCCAUUAUUCUCUGUAAUUUUUUGGCACUCAUGUUUGGUGUCAAAGUGAAGCCCCAAAUCUGAACUUUUCAAAAAUCGUUUUUUUUCAGGUUUCCAACAUCAAUAACUCAAAUAACUUCAUGCUCAAUUACCAACCUCAAAAUCCAAAUCAAAACUAUUUUCCACAAGAAAAUAUCCACCUUAUUGAACACCAAAUCAAGAUUAUUGAAACUGAAGCUGAGAAAUCAAUGAGAAAUCUUGAAAAUAACGAGAGUAUUCAAAAACUCGAAGCUCAUUUCGAAUAUCUCAAGCAAAAAUUCGAAUUCGCUGACAAUGAUAUGGAAUUGAAGGAAAGAAAUCAGAAUACUUAUGGAUCGACAAAGUCCCGUGCGAAAUCAGAGAUGGAAAAAUCGAAAAUGAUGUUGAAAUUGGAGAAAAUUCAGGUGGAAUUGGAAAUUUAUGAGAAUUUCAAAGAGAAAAUUGAGGAAAUUAAAGGAUUUGUAAGUGUUUAUGAAAUAAAAAAAAUUAUCUUUCAACAAAAAUAUUUUUGCAGAGCAAAUCACGAUUCAUGGAAUACAUCUAUGUCAAAAAUAUCAAUCUUCGUGAAAAAUUUCGAAUGGGAAGAGGGGAUUUUGAUAAAUUUGAUCAAAUUAUGGCAUUCUUCGAACUCCCGGAUCCAUUAUAA